AGAUUCCAGCCAAUCAUAGCGCAGGAGGUGGGAGGUGCCUGAAUACAGGUGUGGAAGUGGAGUGUUGAGCCUGAGUUUGAGUUUGGUCUCUAUGAGAACAUGGCGUGGACAGACCCAACAACACAGCCGCAGUUUCAGUACCAGGAUUUGUCAAACGUCCAGUUCGUUCAACAGCCAACUCCUCAACCUGUAACAAUUCUCCAACAGCUGCCUGCAGCAGUGGCUUCACCUGUACCAUCCCUGCACCCAGGACACAUCAGAGAGGAUCUUGUAGAGCUGAUGAUGAUGCAGAAUGCGCAGAUGCACCAGGUCAUCAUGAGCAACAUGACCAUGUCUGCUCUGAGUACGUUCGGCUACACAUGUUCACCUGAGCAUUUAGGUCCACCUGUAGCAGCUGAGGAUGAUGCAGAGGUGUUCCAUCACUACUACCCAUAUAACCCUGCAUUAUCUCACUCCGUGUGGAUGCCUCCACUGACUGGUCCUCAGAUCCCUCAGCUCCAGACCAUUCCAAGCUUUCACCACCCUUCUGACCCUCUGCACACUGCCCACACACAGCACAGGGAGCGGAGCGCUGUACCACCCCCACCCCCUCGCAGUGUGACCGGAACUGUUGGAGCUGAAGUCCCUCCUGUUACAGACAUUUACGAAGCAGAGAGAAGACAACAUGAAACAGAAGAGACGCACAGAACUGAUGCAUAACCAACUAUACCACCCACACAAUACAGAAAUGAGUGUAUUGAAUUAACUCCACACAUAUGUGCAUAUAUUAAAAUAGAGUCAAUGCAUUAUAACAUGUAUAA